CUCUCAUAUAUACACUCACCUUAUUUAACUCUUCACACUCUCUCCUAUGAACAAUUGGAAUGCGUGUAUUCAUAUAUCAACAUCCCUCGCUCUUUAAUCUCAUUUAAUCCAAAGACCCAUUUCCCAAAAAUCCAUUUUGUUCAAUCCCUUAAACAACGUGCAUAUAUAUACACAAGUAUGAAUAAUUUAAGAGAAUUACAAGGUAAAAUGGCUCAUGAUCCUCACUGUGUGCUUUCUUAUCCUAAAUGGAGACGCCAAGUAUUGGUUCCUGGUCCAGUUAUCGUCGGAGCUGGACCAUCUGGCCUCGCCGUUGCUGCCUGCUUGAGGGAGCAAGGAGUCCCCAGCGUCGUUCUUGAGCGAUCAAAUUGCAUAGCGUCUCUUUGGCAACUCAAAACCUACGACCGCCUCCGGCUACACCUUCCAAAAAAGUUCUGUGAGUUGCCACUCAUGUCAUUCCCGGAGGAUUUUCCGGCAUACCCUACUAAACAACAAUUCAUUGAGUACUUAGAAACAUAUGCUAAAAGGUUUAGAAUCGAGCCGGUGUUCGAGCAGACUGUGGAGAGAGCUGAGUAUGAUGAGAGUGUAGGGAUGUGGAGAGUGAAGAGUGUGGGGAUGAAAGGUGAGGAGAUGGAGUAUGUUUGCCGUUGGUUAGUGGUGGCUACCGGAGAGAAUGCAGAGGCGGUGGUGCCGACUAUAAAAGGGAUGGCAGAGUUUUGUGGGGAGGUAAAGCAUACAUCGGAGUACAAAAGUGGAAGUGCUUAUAAAGGAAAGAAAGUAUUGGUUGUGGGAUGUGGGAAUUCAGGAAUGGAAGUGUGUUUGGAUCUUUGCAAUCACAAUGCCAAGCCUUCACUUGUUGUUAGGGAUGCUGUUCAUGUCCUACCACGAGAUAUUAUGGGACAAUCGACUUUUGGGUUGUCGAUGCGAUUGCUCAAGUGGUUUCCCAUGAGAUUAGUUGACUGGUUUCUGUUGAUCAUGUCAUGGUGGAUACUUGGAAACACAGCUAGGUUUGGACUUGACCGGCCGACUGUGGGACCCCUCGAGCUCAAAAACUUGUCCGGAAAGACGCCCGUGUUGGACGUAGGGGCCCUAGCCAAGAUCAAAAGUGGAGACAUCAUGAUAUGUCCACGUAUUCAACAUAUAGGCCACCGUAAUGUAAAAUUCGUGAAUGGGAAAGUUGAGGAUUUUGAUGCAAUUAUUUUAGCAACGGGAUACAAAAGCAAUGUACCCUCUUGGCUAAAGGAGAAAAAUAUGUUCUCGGAAAAAGAUGGGUAUCCUCGAAGACCAUUUCCAAAUGGGUGGAAAGGUGCAUACGGGCUUUACGUGGUAGGGUUUACAAAACGUGGUUUGCUUGGUGCAUCAGCAGAUGCUAAACGAAUAGCAGAAGACAUCAGUAAAUGUUGGAAGGCAGAAGCCAACCAUCCCUCGUCUACAAUUAAACAUUCGUUCUUAUUGCAACCAUAGUUUUUUUGGUGCUCAUUUUUUAGUUUUUUAUAUAUAAUUUUUUGAGGUUUAUUCUUGAGUCACACGUUCAGUUGAACUUCAAUUGAAUGAAAAUUUUUGUGUUUAGUACAAGAAAGAAAAAGUUAAAUAUAAAUUUUGUCACCGUCGUAUACUGAAAAUAACAAAUUUAGGCUAC